UACAAACUCUACGUUUCUCUCUUCUCUUACUCAACAACUUUGCCUCCUCUAUGCUUCUUUCUCUUAUAACUUGACUUCCCCGUAUACACAUAACACACCUGCGGAGCAGCCUUUCAUUUCCACGCCGUGUUUAGUAGCCGAUCGAGUUGGGCCGAAGAACCCUGCACUUUGUUUGCUUUUAUAUAUUUCUUAAAGUUCAAUUUUUUAUAUACUUAUUCUAAAAGAAUUCCUUUUUCUCUCUCUCUUUUUGUUUUAUCUUUCUGGGUUUUGUUCUUGUAAGGCAGUGCUGAAUUGGGUUUGUCGCUGAUUUUGAUUUUACCAAGAAUUUUUUGGAUUCUGAACACUAGAUAAAGGUGCUGCACAAUUGAAAUAUUGAUAAGGGAAACCCUUUGAUAACCAUUUUAAGGUGAUUGUUGAGAAGUAAUGGUUAUUAUGGAUUUCAAAGGCGUUUCUUGGGUUGGUGAUGUGUAUCAAAAAUUUGAGGCUAUGUGUGUGGAGGCAGAAGAAAUUAUUUGUGAGGAUACUUUCAAAUAUGUUGAGAAUCGGGUGCGGACUGUUGGAAAAACUGUUAAGAAGUUCUACGCAGAUGUCGUGGAGGAUUUGGUCCCUCCAUCAUCAUUGGAUCCAGUAGAAGCGGAGGACUGUUCUUUGACUUUGGCCCAUCAUGGUGAUGUUCAAAUAUGUCAGAAUAGAGAAGUAGAUGAUAAAGGUAAACUUCUUAGUGUUCCGUCUGAGGAACGGGUGAAAGAUGUUUAUCAUGCUGCUGCUCAUGAUGAGAAUAUAUUUUAUGGAUCACGUUGUUCUGCAAUCUGUAGUGUGAUUAAGCCUUGUGAACCAACAGCCAUGAACUAUGCUGGUGAAAGGUGUGCAAAGGAGAACUGUCAGAGCCAUGGUUCUGAUUUGGUUUUAUCAAAUCAAGCUACCUCAGUGGCAAAAGAGACAAACUCUAUAAAUGAUUCUCAGAACAAGUCUCUUGCCAAUUUGUCAAGCAUAAAUGCCACUGUAACAAAUAAUUCUGCUCAAGAUGGCACAUUUAUUGAACUCCCUACUGCAAACGAUGAACUCUCAUCUUUACAUGGGGAUGCCAGCUCAAAGGAAGGUCCCGAAGUGAGCCAUAAUGAAGAAGAUGGAGUGGGAAUCUCGGGGGAGAUGGUAGAAGGCUAUAGAGUUGGUGAUUUUAUUGAAGAAAAAAUGACAAGGAUGCUAUCUGGUGGGCGCAUGUCAACUGACUUAGACAGGCGUGUGUCAACUGAUUUUGAUGAAACAUCAAACCCCUUCCUUGGAUUUCAAGUUGAUGAACAGCUCAAUGAGGUCAGGCUCGAGGAAUCCUGUGUCCUGGUGGAUAAGAAUGAUAAAGUUUUCAAAUUAGCUCUUGAAGAUGCGCAAAAAUCUUAUAAGAAGAAAAUCCAAGAUGUGCUCUCUACAAGGAGAUGGUCAAAAAGCAAGCAAAAUCAGGAGCAACUUCUGGCUUGGUAUGUAGAGCAAAUUGAAACGAACUUGGCUUGCACUUCUAUGAUACACCCUGAAAGACAGAAAUCACAAACUUCUGAAUCUUUUGAGUCGGACUGGGAACUUCUUUAGGAUUGUCAAAACCAAUAUGAUCUUCUGUUGAUAAAUCUACUAGUCUUGCUGCGAUGGCGCCCCCUUUUCGAGUAUUGCGGUGGUGUUAUUCAUAAUUGUCAAUAAUUACGAGUUGAGUUCAAGUUGGGGAUUGAAACUGAGAAUGAACGUUCACGGAUAUAUGAAUUUCUCAGCAAUUUUAUCCUCCUCUUAAAGGGAUCUGCUGUAAAUAAGCUCCCUAAUACUUAAUGAUACUGGUAUUUAUCUAUGAUCUAGCUGUGUUCCUUAUAUUCUAAUUGUAGCUUUUGAACAUCCACCGGUAGACUCUUGUUUUCUGUCUCUUUUUUUAAAAAUUUAUUUAUGUAUGUUUUCUGUC